UUUCCAGGCUAAAAACAAGUAGGCUAACAAAUCAAUUACGCAAUCUAUUUCUCUAUCCAGACAGUUUAUCUUAAAACAGAGGCUGUGACAGUAAAUGUGUCAUACAGUGUGUGAGUGAGUGACUCGUGUUCAUCAGAGAAAUAUUUAUCGCUCCUCGCCGGACUCGAGUUACGCGCUGCGUUUUUAGAAGCGUCAAGUGUUACGACAGGCGUCGCAGCAACAGCAGCGCAGCCUUCACAUGCAUUGACCGAAGGAUUUAAACGCACUUCUGGACUUUUUUUAUUUUUUAUUUUUUUGUCUAUUGAUUAUUCACAUUUACCUCUCGGUUCAGGGCGGUUAUAAGGAGUACUGUCUGGAACCGACGGAAUAUAUUCAACAUGUUGGGGAGAAAGAAGAAACCAGAGACCGUUCAGACUGAAACUAAAGGGUUCGAGUCGAAAACCCACGAUCCGCUUCGGAAGCUUGGUGUGUUGGACGAUGAAGAUGUGCGUGUGAUGCUGCAGGGAUCAAAGAUGGUAAAGGUUCGAUCUCAGCGUUGGAGGAAGGACAGGAGACUGAAGCUUCUGGAGGACUGUGUGACGGUGUGGUGUGAGUCCAGCAAAACCUCCCGCAAGGGCAAGAGACAGCAGACCUUCUCUGUGACGGAGGUGGAGUGUGUGCGGGAGGGCUGUCAGUCGGAGUGUCUGCGACGGAUGGCAGGUCUGGUUCCAGAGACCAACUGCUUCACUGUGAUCUUCCGUGGAGGAAGGAAAAGCCUGGAUCUGUGCUGCCCCACACAGGAGGAAGCGGAGCGCUGGGUGCGAGGCAUCCGCACACUCAAAGACCGAGUCUCCAACAUGAGUCAGAAAGAAAAGCUGGACCAUUGGAUUCGAGGCUAUCUGAGACGUGCAGAUCAGAACCAGGAUGGGAAGAUGAGCUAUGACGAGGUGAAACAUCUGCUACAGCUGAUCAACAUUGAUCUGAACGAACAGUACGCUCGCACCCUCUUUAAGAAGUGUGAUCGUUCCUGUGACGGGCGGCUGGAUCAUGUGGAGAUUGAGGAGUUCUGUCGUGAGCUGAUGCGCAGGCCGGAGCUGGACGCGGUGUUCAGGCAUUAUUCCAGUAACGGAUGUGUGCUCACAACAUUGGAGCUGCGGGAUUUUCUUGGAGACCAGGGCGAGGACCCAUCGCUGGCCCAUGCGAAGAGUCUCAUCCACACCUAUGAACUCAACAACUGGGCCCAGAAGAAUCUGUUCAUGACCCAGAACGGUUUCACCAUGUACAUGCUCUCGAACGAGAACGAUGUGUUUAACCCGGAUCACGCUCACGUGUAUCAGGACAUGAGCAGACCACUGGCUCACUACUACAUCUCUUCCUCUCAUAAUACAUACCUGACCAAAGACCAGGUGACCAGCGCCAGCAGCACUGAGCCUUAUAUCAGAGCUCUGCAUCAGGGCUGUCGCUGUGUUGAGCUAGACUGCUGGGACGGUGAUAAAGGAGAGCCCAUGAUCUUCCACGGACACACGCUCACUUCCAAAGUGCUCUUUAAAGAAGUCAUCGAGACCAUCGCUCAGUACGCCUUCAAGGCGUCUCCAUAUCCUCUGAUCUUGUCUCUGGAGAUUCACUGCUCAGUGGAGCAGCAGGCGGUCAUGGCGCAGCACCUCAGCUCCAUUCUGGGCAAAAAGCUCCUGAGAAAGCCACUCAACGAGCUUCCCCUCAAACAGCUGCCCUCGCCUGAGGAGUUGAUGGGGCGGAUCCUGCUGAAGGGGAAGAAGUUGAGUGGUCUGCUGGGGAAGAAUGACAGCUGGAUAAGCUUCUCAAAUAGCUCAGAUGAAGAUUCUGCUGUGGGAGGGGGCGGGAGCAAAAAGGAAUCUAAAAAGGAUCCUGGGAAGUCUGUGAGCACUAAACUGAGUCCAGAGAUGUCAGAUCUGGUGGUGUAUUGUCAGAGUGUGCCCUUCAGUAGUUUCGAGACAGCCAAUCAGAGACCUCCUAGCGUGAUGUCCUCUUUCUCCGAGAAUGAGGCGCUUAAACUCAUCAAAGACUCAGGGAAGAUGUUUGUUCGACACAACAGUCGGCAGCUGAGCAGGAUUUACCCAUCAGGCCAGAGACUACAGUCCUCCAACUACGACCCCCAGGACAUGUGGAACGGGGGCAGCCAGAUGGUGGCUCUGAACUUCCAGACACCAGGAGAGCAGAUGGAUCUGAACCAGGGCCGAUUUCUCCCCAACGGGCGCUGUGGAUAUGUGCUCAAACCUGACUUCCUGUGUCACCCGAAGUCCGACUUUGACCCUGAGAACACUGGUGGAGGACCAGGACAUAUACCCACACAACUUACCAUACGGGUGAUUACAGCUCAGCAACUUCCUAAAAUAAACACUGACAACCCCAACUCCAUUGUGGACCCGCAGGUCUGGGUGGAGAUUCAUGGAGUUUCCAUCGAUAAGGCUCGUGCCAAAACCCAGCGCAUUGACAACAAUGGUUUCAACCCCCGCUGGGAUUGUACUGUGAGCUUUCAGCUGCAGGUGCCUGAACUGGCCUUGGUGCGUUUCAUGGUGGAAGAUCACGACCACAAAUCUAAGAACGAUUUUAUUGGUCAAUUUACCCUCCCCUUCACCAGCCUGCGAACAGGUUAUCGUCAUGUUCACCUGCUAAAAGCAGAUGGCUCCAGUCUGUCUCCUGCCACCCUCUUCAUCCAUGUAAAGGUGGUGCGGCGGGGAGUUCCAAUUAAAACCGUUUCUGAGCGGAUAGGCAAAGCCUGAUGCUUCUGUCAUACAGUUGUUCCUGGAAAUACUGAAGUAAAAGCCACUGAGCCGAGCUCUUGAGGUGCUGUGACUCUUCAGAAUGAGACCACCUGAAGAAAACAUGUGACAUUGGACGUAUAUGGACAAACUCUGUGCGCAGCAAUCUGAAGAAAGUCAGUGUAGACCUGCAUUUGGCUUUUUUUCUAUUGUUAAUCUGUGGUGUCAGAGCGUGUUAUGGACAUGUUAUGGUGGAAUCUAAAUAUGCUAAAGUAAGUAUUGUUAGAAGUUACAAGUCAGUGUUGUUUAUAUAGUCUGUUUCCAUGGAGACAGAAUUCUAUUGAGUCUGAGCCUUGAAUUUAGAAUAUUUAACACAUUUUAUAAUAAUUAUUUAAUAUUUCAAUUGAAUGUAAGCUAGUCUUGAGAUUCUGGACAAGAAUUGGAUGUGCAUGUAGAUAGAAAUGAUCUGUCUUUAAUUGUUUUAAUGUUUGAAUAUUGUAAUUGUGUUGGUGGUUUUGAUAUGCUGAAUACUGACAAGAUAAAGAAAGCGUAGACAAAAAACAUAUUGAAAGGAUACAGAAAGCAUAGCAAGUAUGGACUGUUUAGUAAGGUUUAUGACUGAUUACGUUUUUAUGCAAGUAUAUUUUAAUUGAUUUUAACACUUUUAGCGUUCCAGUUAGGUCAUUCUGAGAAAUAAUAUAUCUAAAAUCUAAUCUAAUAUUUUUGAAAUAACCAUGACUAAUGAUGAAAUUUGUGUUUAACAUAAUGUCUGAGACA